AUGAGCAAUUUCACAAAUUCGACCUCAAAACAAUGUUUUCACCACCCAAAAAACAGCGCACAUGCCUUUCAGCGGGUUUCCCGCCAGUUACGCCGCUCCCGUGGAGCAGCCCCAAGUACCGCAGAGUCGCAUCGAACGCGAAGACCGCACCGCAUCACAAGCGUCCAGUGGCAGCAAAACCAAGCCACGUACGCUCUCUCUGGAGGAGAGUUUGUCGCGCACACGGACUUCGCCGGCCGCACCCUCGAACCAGCACCGGCAACAGCAAGCACGCCGCGUCGUCAACGACAUCAGCCGGCAACUCCGCAAGUCCCGCACACAGAUGCUGACGCAACAGCCCCAGUUCACCGCCUCGAACGGGUUUUCCUCGUCGAUCGACCCAGCGAUGCUGAAAAAGACCAUGACGGCGUAUCAAUGACGGAGGUUCUUGCGCUAAUCAAGUUCUAG